AUGGCUCACCCGCAAUUCUCUGCUGGUACUGAUGCUGCGAGCGUUACGCCUGCGCUUAAAGCACUCACUUCCGACGGUGGACGAUGGAUUCUCACCAAGGAUGGUGCUGCUUUGGAGAGACAGUUCAAGUUUAAGACAUUUUCAAAGACAUGGGAUUUCAUGACAGGAGUAUCUCUGCAAUGCAAAAUCAAGAACCACCAUCCCGAAUGGUCCAAUGUUUAUAACACAACCUUCAUCCGCUGGACAACGCAUAACCCAGCGGGACUUUCGGACAAGGACAUAAGCAUGGCCGCCGAAUGUGAUGCUCUCGCAGAACAACUAGGUGAGCUGCCUCCGGAGCCGACCGCCCCAGUUGCGGCCGAAACGGAAGACCAGAGCUGUGCUAUCCGCGGGUUGGCGGACCGCGCAGCUGGGGCGGCAGGAGACUGCUGCACCCCAAAGAGGAAAUAG